AGGUGUUGCCACAACGUGUGUUCCUGCGUUUCUCCAAAAUAUCUUCCCGAAAUCCGUGGUUGGACCAGUUAACUUGUUAGAGGUUCACGGCUUUCGUCGACAACAGAUUACAACAUUUUAUCAAACAAAAUCAUCUCCCGCCUCGCGAAAUCAAGGGAAAAAUAAAAGUGCAUCAUCGAGAAUAUGGGUGGUAUGACACAGAGGCCGUGGACACCAACGAAGAGACGAGGUCCCAUCGCUGCUGAGUAUAGUAGCCCUGGUCCUGCUUGUGUAACAUUACCGCCAUUAAUCGGAAAAACCGUUCCCGACUCGAAACGAGGCAGAGCGCCUGCUUUUUCGUUUGGAAGCAGACAUGCGACGAAAAAUGACAGCCCUGGACCGGGUCCUGGUCAAUACAACGUGUCUGGGCUUAGUGCCAAAGGAAAAGAUGCUGCACCAGCAUCAUCGUUGCACGGCCGCACAAAAUCCACGAAACAGGAAGUGACACCAGCUCCUGGCGACUAUAAUCCGGAGAAGGCCGAGAAGAUUAUUCUGGAUAGCUCGCCGAAAUACUCGUUCGGUAUCAAAACGCAGACCGAGAAAAUCAGUUGUACACCUGCACCGAAUGACUAUUGCACCGAAAAGGUGACUCUUGACAAAACCCCCGAGUAUAGUUUUGGGUUGAAACAUGCACUGGAUAAAUCGAGCGAUAUACCUGCACCUGGUACUUACUGCCCAGAAAAGGUAAGACUGGACAAUGCACCGCAGUUCAGUUUCGGACUCAGGCCUCCUCUCGAGAAACCGAGCGACACCCCAGCACCUGGCACGUAUAGCCCUGAAAAAGUUAAUCUGGAUAAGGGUCCUCAAUACAGUUUCACGGGAAAGGGUCACGUAGAGAAACCUGAUGACACUCCUGCGCCAGGUACGUAUUACCCAGAAAAAGUAAAAUUGGAUGCAACGCCGCAAUUUACUUUUGGAUUGAGGACACCAAUCGAAAAAAUAAACGACACACCAGCCCCUGGUACUUACAGUCCUGAAAAAGUUAAUUUGAAUAAAAGUCCCCAAUAUAGUUUAAGCGGAAAACUUUCUUAUGACAAAGUAGACAAUACUCCAGCACCAGGAACUUAUGCACCUGAGAAAGUAAAUCUUGAUAAAGCACCAGAGUAUAGUUUUGGGAUAAGAACACCUCUUGAUAAACCAGACACUACUCCAGCACCUGGAGAUUAUUGUCCAGAAAAGAUAAACUUGAAUAAAGGUCCAGAAUAUAGUUUAACUGGUAAAGGACUUUCUGAGAAACAAAUCGAUACACCUGCACCUGGAACAUACAGUCCUGAAAAAGUAAAUUUAAGCAAAGGUCCACAAUAUAGUUUGUAUGGAAAGGGAAUUCCAGAGAAACCAAACGAUAAUCCAGCACCAGGAACAUAUAGUCCUGAGAAAGUAAAUUUGGACAAAGGUCCUCAGUUCAGUUUAUCUGGUAAAGGGUUGCCAGAAAAGCCUAAUGACAAUCCAGCACCUGGAACAUACAGUCCUGAGAAAAUCAAUUUAGAUAAAGGGCCCCAAUAUAGCUUAUCAGGAAAAGCUUCAUCAGAAAAAUCCAACGAUUACCCAGGCCCUGCUGAUUACUAUCCAGAGAAAGUAGUAAAUUUGGAACAUAAACCUUAUUUCAGUUUUGGUAAUAGAAAGACCUUGGAUAAGCCUAGGGAUACACCAGCUCCUGGCACUUAUUCUCCAGAAAAAGUAAAUUUAAAUAAAUCACCAUGUUACUCAUUUGGUUUAAAAACAUCUUACGAGAAAACUAGCGAUAUACCUGCUCCAGGAAGUUACCACCCGGAAAAGGUAAAUUUGAACAAAUCACCCCAAUAUAGUUUUGGAGUUAAGACUGAAGUACAUGAAACUGAUUCAAUACCGGGUCCAGGUGAAUACAGUCCAGAGAAAGCUAUGCUUUUAUUGGAAAAAGCAUUGCAAUUUACUUUUGGUCUUAGAACAAGUACAAAUAGACCAAAUGAUAUCCCAGCUCCAAACAUUUAUAAUAUUCCUUCUGCUCUCGGUGGAACAAAGGAAGGAAACAAAAAGACAGCACCGGCUUACUCAAUCUCGGCUAGACAGAAAGUUUCUACGGAUGAUCGCGUUUUAGUUCCUGGCCCCGGGACAUACGAAACUGUUAAACCAGAUGCAGUCAGAGUGAAAAGUCCUGCUUAUAGCAUAAGUGCUCGCUAUCAGCUGCCCGAUGAUCACUCUCAGAUUCCAGGACCUGGAGCUCAUUGUCCAGAAAAAGUAGUUCUUGACAUUCCUCCAGCACAUUCAUUUGGCAUUAGACACUCGCCAUAUAUAUGCAACCUGAAGGACGUCGUUUAUUAACAUAAGAGCCUUACGUGACUCCGCUUUCGUCGUCAUUUUACCUUGUGAGAGUAAACCACAUGCGAUUGUGAAAUACUAAUUUUUAAAUUAAGAAACGAAAUUAAUAAUCUUUUAAUUAAGUUAAGAAAGUCAACGCUUUGCUACAAUGAUUGCAAAAUAUUGUUUAAUGUGUAAUUAAAAUAAAUUGGUGCUACUAAUCGUAUUUAACAUAUUUACAUAUACCACAAAUUGUGAUAAUGACAUAUACAUGAAUAAUGAUAAUAUUAAUUAGAUGAGGUUUUUCGUAAAAUUGACAUC